AUGGGGCUGGUGGUUGGUGCAGCGAGACCAAAUUCGAGAGCCAGUGAAAUUCAUGUUGUUCUGCAGGAAGAUGAGUCCCAGGAGGCCAGUGCCCACUCUGGUUUUAGCAAAGAGUCUGUGGAGAAGCUGCUUUUUAUUGUUUUCCUUUCAGGAAUUGACUACAAGACCACUACUAUCUUGUUGGACGGCAGAAGGGUCAAGCUGGAACUCUGGGACACAUCAGGGCAAGGAAGAUUUUGCACCAUUUUCAGAUCCUACUCUAGAGGAGCCCAGGGAAUUCUCUUGGUGUACGACAUCACUAAUCGCUGGUCCUUCGAUGGGAUAGACCGAUGGAUAAAGGAAAUAGAUGAGCAUGCCCCUGGUGUCCCUCGGAUCCUGGUGGGAAACAGGCUUCACCUCGCCUUCAAGCGGCAGGUGCCAACAGAGCAGGCCCGGGCUUACGCGGAGAAGAACUGCAUGACGUUUUUCGAGGUCAGCCCCCUGUGCAACUUCAAUGUCAUAGAGUCCUUCACGGAGUUGUCCCGUAUCGUCCUCAUGCGGCACGGCAUGGAGAAGAUCUGGAGACCCAACAGAGUGUUUAGCUUACAGGACCUGUGCUGCCGAGCCAUCGUUUCCUGCACCCCAGUCCACCUCAUCGACAAGCUGCCGUUGCCUGUCACCAUCAAGAGUCACCUGAAAUCCUUCUCGAUGGCCAAUGGGAUGAACGCGGUGAUGAUGCACGGCCGGUCGUAUUCCUUGGCCAGCAGCGGGGGUGGGAGCAGCAGCAAAGGUAACAGCUUGAAGAGAUCCAAAUCUAUUCGUCCACCCCAGAGCCCCCCACAGAACUGCUCACGCAACAACUGCAAGAUCUCUUAGCAGGAUGGACGCGCCGUGAGCUUCUAACGUAUCCACACCCACCCACCGAUGUACAGCUGUUUGCACACUUAACCCUUUUCGACUGGAUCCUUUCGGAUGGGCCGCGGUUGGUUUUUUUUCCGAUGGCGCACACAAGCGUUGGGAAUGUGCUCACAUUUUGGCUUCACAUACGAAGCGUGGUGCUGGCUGGAUCUCACAGCGCUGGCAGGGAGAGGACUCUGCCAAGUGACCCUCCAAGAAUGCUUUGGGCUUUGCCUGUCGGCCUGGGGUGGAAAAUUCAGCAGCUGCCGGGUUGGGGAGGGGGGAAGGGGAAAAAGCUCAUCCAGUCUCAAUGGAGAAAUGGAUUUAAUGGAAGAUUGAGAGGCUUAAGGGAGUAGGCAAGGAGAGUCUGUGCUGCAACUUUAACUCUUGGACUCCUGAACAGGUUGCUGGUGCAAUAGUGAUCAUUGGAUGUAGAAAAAAAAGAAACGGGGAUAGGGGACUAAUGACAGUUUUCACCGGGAUGUUAACCUGCUGUUGCCAAAAACAAAGAAGAAAAGGCGAGAGUUGGCCAAUUGGAAAGGGGAAGGAAGCAGUCUGCUUGCCUUCGUCGUUUAUUUAUGUAAAUAUUAUACAUAUAUAUAUAUAUAUCACUUGUUUUUAAAUGUUUUUUUUUUUUAAGAAGCAGUCAGGGAAAAUUUUAUGCAGCCAUGUAAAUACAAGCACUGGAUUAACUUUCCCAGUGUCAGCAAAAGGGGAGAAGUGGAGGAUUUUCUGACGAAAAUAUACAAAUGCUUUAAGAGACUUUCAAUCACCACCUGGGCUUGUGCUGGGUUGUUUGUUUUUUUUUUUUAAAUACUACAUAUGCAGAAGGAAAGAACGAUUCAUGUGUAACAUACCCCAAGCUGCUUUAUUCCGAUCAUUCCCUAAAACUUGUGAGUGCCGAAGGCAGGGUGGGAUGGAAGUGGAUCAAGGGGCAGAGCGGAGAGGCCAGGGUCUUGGGGGUUUGUUUUCGGCAGGCAGGACGAAGAGGCAGCUCUGAGGUCAGACCGAUGCCUUGCUUGCUUUGCACCUUCUGAUGCGCGGCUGAUCAGGGACUGAGGAGGAGAGGACGGAAGCAUCGCGCCUGAAGCAGAGGGGAAAGCGCUGAAUUUGUCCCUUAUUGCUGCAAAGCCUCGGCUGUCGCUUCCAGAGCCCUCCAUCCUCGACACAGCCCUCUGGACCCUGACACACCACCCCGUGUGACAGCCCUCGAGUCCUGGCUGCUUCUUGCUUUGCUUUUCCAAAGACGUUCUGCCUGAGCUGGCGCUGCUGCGGCUCCUCCUGGAUGAAAGUGGGGAAAGGACAGAAGCAGCUUUUCCCACUGGAGCAUGAAGGAGCAGGGAUUGGGAAGGCGAGAGAGGUUUGUGUGGGGAAACAGCGGACCCCAGCCCCCAGGUCCCAUCGUGGCGAAUGCGCUCAGCUCUCCUGGCAGCGCCAGGAAAUUGGGAAAGCAAACUGCUUUGCUCUGUAGGACCGCUCCCGGAUUUUAGAGGGGCAUGCGUGCUCAGCGGCAAGAGCUUGAGAUGUGCAUGUGCCGUGGUAGAAGAUCCUGUGUCAAGCAAGGGCAUGUGCUUCCCUGGCUUCGUCCCAUGGCUGAGCUGUGCUGGAAAUUCACCUGGAAACUUAGAAAUAACACCUAGCCCUUAUUGCAAAAGCUAAGCGGGGCUUGGCAGUGGGACUAAGCCGUGUCGACAGAUUCUUGUAGGUGGCCAGGACGUGUAGAUUGUGAGUAGCGUGGUAGAAAGUGAACUGCUUUUCCUUGUGCUGGGCGGGUCUCUUCCUCAGCGAGGAGCCCAGCCGGUACAGUGCUGCCAUCUUCCUCCUGGUGUUAGCAACUCCUCAAGGCCUGGGCUCGCCCGUCUCCCCCUGGCUCAGCAGCUUGCUGCAUUGCAUGGGCAGAAUGAAGCCGCAGCAGCUCCUGCGCGGCCGACGGACCCGCUUUGUUCAGGCAGCAGGCAGGGGCGCAUCCCUCCACGGGGGACAUCUCCUUUCCCUUGCUUCUGAGCCGACCUGGGAGGUGAAGGAGCCUUCCCCCUCCCCGCUCUGUAGAACAAAAUACAGUACAGGGGUAGGUCUCUUGGCUCGUCUCUAGCGUGCUUUAUUGCCCAGCUCAAAUGAGCGAGGAGAGAAUUAAACCCCAGGCAGAUGGAGGGGGGAGGAGAAUCCUUUGUAGUGGUGGUUUGGCUCAAGAGCAAAGCCGCAGCCGAGCUCAGCGCGGUGGCGCAGAGGCCGGGGGAUUUCGAGAACCUGUCUGGGAUGGCUGGCACCUGUUUCCCAUCACUUAACACACAGCAGAAGACAAUCGCUGGCUCAGCAGCCCGGGGAUAUACAGCCAACAGGUGAUGCGCCCCGGCACCGCAAAAGUGACUUCUCCUGGAAAACAUCAUCCGGGCACCGCGGGGCCCCUUCGCCGGGCUGCUCCCGGGCACCGGUGUGCGGGGUGAAGAGGGACGAAGGUUUCCUUCCUGAAAUCACAAAGCUGCUGCAUGUCUAGAAAAACUUGAUGUACCUCUGCUUGGUUUGGCUUUGCCACGCGUGACACCUCCCCACGCCUUUUUCCUUGCGGUUGAUUUUUUUUUUUCACCCUACAAGGUCUCAACAGAUCCUGUCCAGAGUGAGGAUGAAAGAUUUACCUGGAGCUUUUUUUUUUUUUUUUUUUUUUUAUUUAAAAGGAAAAGAUUCUUACAUCUGAUGUCAACACUAGUCUGUAGCUGCUCUCCAACACUUGUACCAUUCCUGAGUUGUUUUUUUGGACUAUCCUUUUAUUUUUUUAUUCCUUUGUACAGUCAAUGUUGUUCAACUGAUUAUACAUGGUUUUGUUUUGUAUAAAUUAAAGUGUUUUUUUUUGUUUUGAACU